AGGACAUCUACACUUUGUGAACAUCCAAGAAUCUACCUGUUGCACCUAUAACGUGUCCAUCAAUAACUCUAGAUACCAAAGAAAUACCUGACAUUCACAAUUGGAGUCUGAAACAUUGAACUCUUCUGCAAUACCUCCCCCCUGCAGAUCUCAACCACUCUCGCUACUGGCAUUUUCCUGAAUCAGUUCGAUUCGCUACAUGUGUAGCGAAUCCAGAUCCCAGACUCUCUUGCCCUCUCACUAUGCCCAGACGAUUUUGUCCAAUUUUACUAACACUGUCACAGAUUUUUCUUGCCGGAGCUCUACCCGCCGGCCCUCGUUUUAUCAAUGCGCUGGGUCAUCAUUUCGAGGUUGGACCUCCCCUCUUCGCCUCAUUUCCUGACGGGAAUCCUUUCACGAACCCUUUCACAACAUACGUCUACACGCCGCAUGCGUCAGCCACGGAGCCGCCGCCCGCCGCCUCGAGCCAGCCGGAUGCUGUCGCUCACGAAGAAGGCUCUUCCACCAUCACGUUCGGCGAUCCUCAUCUGAGUGUCCAGACAUUCACGGUGACGAGCCUGAAUUCUUCGCAAAUUCCUACCAGCACACUCGAAAACCAAUCAUCUUUGGCGCCUACAGGAAGCAUUAUUACUACACUUGAGACAGCAGGACAUCCGCCGGUGCAGCCAUUUCCUACCAGCGUCCCGUCUGUUACCUCGGCAACCAUUCAGCCUCUUAAUAGCACUGUUAGCUUUGGCAAUGCAACGGCACCCACGUCCCAGAGUACCCUCACCGAGACCAUCACUGUACCCCUGACAACGUUCGAGACAGUGGUUGUCACGCAAACUGUGACGACUAUCGCGAUCGAGACAACUGCUACCAUCACCGCCGUAACAGUAUUGAACACUACUGUGACAUCUGGAGGAACAGUGAUCGCGACUUCGACCGCUGGCACGACAGUCAUAACAACAACGGGUACUGCGAUUAUAGAAACAACCUUGUCAGCAUCCUCUGUAAUCACCGGGACUUUGUCUACCACGUUGACCACGGAUACCCAACUUCCAAAUCUCCCCACGGCUACUGCUUCAUGCCUGCUCACCAUGGGCUGUUAUGGUCAGGACCUGUUUGAGCCGAUUGCUAUCGGGCAACCGCCAACAAACAUACCGCAACAGGGAGGCCACCCUGUGCCACGACUGGGUAUCACCAAUAUCACGGGACCCAUUGAGACCAACAAAUUCUACGAAAACUUUGUUCUGGGAAACCAGGACUUUCCAGCUUUCACGUUCCCGUAUACUCUGGCGUGGAGCAAAGGAAGCGGCAACGCUCAGAGUUGGGGCAUGGCCAUCUCUCAUGUUGAACAGAGCCAGAAGGCGUUCGGUCCUCCCAAUACGGCUAUUCCAAACUCGCCAGACUCCUUUUAUAUCAAUCCACUCGGCAUUCAGUCCAUGGUUCUAUCCGCGGCGGAAUUCGGAAGCAAUACCAUUCUCACAACUGAUUCACUGCUGGCGUUCUCAGCAAAUGUACAUCUCUCGCCUGGGACUGGCUCUACCUCAGUACUCACCAUGCCUCUGGUGCAGGGGAUGGCUUUUAUCACUGGUCAAUACAUCAACCUACAGCCAAAUAUCCAAAGCAGCGUCUUCUUCCGCAGUGUCUCGGCUGCUGGAGAGCCUAAACCUGGUAUAUUCAAGUACAGAAUCACGCUUGAGGAUGGUAAAGUUUGGCUUUUGUACGCACUUCCAAGCAAUGGCAUUAACCCUAAUUUCAAGCUCGUCUCAAGCACGUUGCUUCAAGGGCCCGCCAACUGGUAUGGUGACAUACAAAUAAGCAAAUUGCCUAAUGAUGGUCUUGACUUCAUCUAUGAUGACGCUGCAGGCACAUGGCCCACGGCUGGACACAUUGGUGGUCAUGCCCAGGAUGCGAAAGCUCAGUACAGCCUGUCAUGGACAAAAGGCGGGCCAUUUGCACAGAACUCGACUCUUGUCAUGUUCGCUCUUCCUCAUCAUCUCCAGUCGUUUGCAGCCACCAGUCCAAAAACAGUGACGAAUCUGACCCUGGCCACCACCACCGUUGGAACUGCUACAGCGGUGAUUGCAGAUUACUGGGUCCUGGAGGAGGAUGAGCUUCCGACAUCUCUCGGUUUUGCACCCUGGAGACCUGCAGGCUCAUCUGAAUCAACCACGAGCUUGUCAGCAGCUGCAGUCGCGGCCAUUCAGCAGGUCGCUGUCACGGAAGCCUCUCAAAACAUGUCUGCCCAAACGAACCUUAACAGCAUGUACUACUCCGGCAAGGCCCUGAGCAAGUUUGCAACGCUAGUCUAUACAAUGCACGAUCUUGCUGAUCAAGCUGACCUAGCCAAGACUGCGCUGCUCGAACUAGAGAGUUGCUUCGAAGUCUUCUCGAACAACCAGCAGCAAUUCCCGCUACUAUACGACACGGACUGGAGGGGCAUCGUCUCGUCGGCAAGUUAUGUGACUGGUGAUGAUGGUGUCGAUUUUGGCAAUUCUUAUUACAACGACCACCAUUUUCAUUAUGGAUAUUUCCUUCAUGCUGCUGCUGUCAUUGGCUAUUUGGACCCUACCUGGCUCAUCAAGAACAAGGACUAUGUCAAUGCAUUGGCGCGGGACGUCUCAAAUCCAAGCUCCCUGGACCAAUACUUCCCGGUGUUCAGAUCCUUCGACUGGUACCAUGGGCACUCAUGGGCCAAAGGGCUCUUUGCUUCUGGAGAUGGCAAAGAUGAAGAGUCGUCUUCUGAGGAUGCUAUGUUUGCUUAUGGCUUAAAGAUGUGGGGCAAGACCAUUGGCGACGCUUCCAUGGAAGGUCGUGGCAACCUGAUGCUGUCGGUCCUUGCACGCAGCUUGCACAACUAUUUCCUCAUGACUUCUGAUAAUGUCAAUCAGCCGGCGCAAUUCAUUGGCAACAAGGUAACGGGGAUUCUGUUCGAGAACAAAGCCGACCAUACAACCUACUUUGGAACCGACUUCAGUUAUAUUGAAGGCAUUCAUAUGAUCCCGGUGAUGCCUUUCUCAACUUUGACACGAACUCAGCAAUUUGUGGCUGAAGAGUGGACAACUUACUUUGCAAAUGGUGCGACAAGGGACGCCGCUAAUAUUACAGGAGGGUGGAAAGGUAUUGUAUAUGCAAACUUUGCCAACAUUAACCCGAGCGCAGCAUACAACUUCUUUACGCAGGACAAUUUUGAUAUGAGCUGGAUCGAUGGAGGAGCUUCUCGAACGUGGUACAUUGCACUGAGUGCCAUGCUGGGAGGGUCUCCGUGAUCGAUAGCGGAACUAACGAUUGACGAGCAAAUGUUUUACUCUUUUUUGAUUACGCUUAGCGACAGGGAAGAACAGAACAGGGGAACGGUAACAACAUUGGCGUAGAGGUACGGCGUUCAAUAUUACCUGGGCAAAGGCGUAGGUCUGGAUUGAUUGUACACAAGGCUUCGAGAUAUUGGGCCUCUGGAAAGGCACUGGUCAGCAACAAAAUCUGGCGCCGAUCAUAGGUGGAUAGUUUCUAGUGAAAUACACUUGAGAACCUA